ACUGAUAUGCUUCAUUAUCAUAUUCUUCUGAUGAAAUAGCCAUAACCAAAAAAUAAUAAUAAUAAUCAUGGGCAUUUGAGCCAUGCCAACUUAUUUUUACUGGUUGAAUCAUGGCAAUAGAAUAAACAAAGCAGCCAAUAAAUUUGGUGAUGUGAAGAGCAGAGAAUCCUUUUUUUCCACAAAUCUCACUUCCUGGAAGACUCUUCCCUGUCUUCCAUUUCCGCAAUAGUCCACGCCGUUUCAAAAUUUUAUACUCCCUCCCUAUUAAUAGCACAAACAAAGCAAUAAAUCACGCUUUUCGUGUCAAGAAAAAGAGAAAGGGUCUCUGUCUCUUCACAUUCUAAUGUGAAAGUGUCACAUGCCCUUGAAAUCACUCGGUGGCCUCAGCCUCAUGCAACAGAGUGAAAACACGUUUCAAAAGACUGAAAAGAGAGACAGAGAAAAGAGAAAGGGUGUGCUGAUAGCUUACAGCUACCUUUCUUUUUCCUAUUCCCUUCACUCCUAAAAGAAGGUUAGUUUAGGAGGGAAGGGACAAUGGAGGAGAAGAAGAGGAGGCUAAACCAUCAUCACCAAACUCCCAGAUUUGUCUGGCAUUGGGGUCUUGUUCUCUUCUCUGUUUUCACCAUUUCUGCAACAGCUCAAGCAUUUGAUUACGCCGAUGCAUUAACUAAGAGCCUCCUUUACUUUGAAUCCCAACGAUCCGGUCGGUUACCGUACAACCAACGUGUCACUUGGCGUGACCAUUCUGGCCUCACCGACGGAUUGGAACAAGGAGUGGACUUAGUAGGAGGAUACUACGACGCUGGUGAUCAUGUCAAAUUUGGACUCCCAAUGGCCUUCACCGUCACAAUUCUGUCUUGGGGUAUCAUUGAAUUCCGUGAUCAGAUUGCUGAUGCCGGAGAAUUGGAGCAUGCUUUAGAGGCUAUUAAAUGGGGGACAGAUUACUUCAUUAAGGCACACACCAGCCCAAAUGUAUUAUGGGCAGAGGUGGGUGAUGGGGACACUGACCAUUACUGUUGGCAACGCCCGGAAGACAUGACCACCUCACGCCAAGCCUAUAAGAUUGAUAAGAACAAUCCGGGGUCGGAUCUGGCCGGAGAGACAGCGGCAGCAAUGGCGGCAGCAUCAAUUGUGUUCAAGAAAACAAACCCGCAUUACUCUCACUUACUGUUGCACCACGCCCGAGAGUUGUUUGAGUUCGGGGAUAAGUAUAGAGGGAAAUAUGAUGGAAGUAUUGGGGUGGUGAAGAGCUACUAUGAGUCGGUGAGUGGAUACAUGGACGAGUUGCUGUGGGCGGCUUUGUGGUUGUACAAGGCCACCGACAAUGAGGAGUACUUGAAGUAUGUCAUAAGUAAGGCUCAUUGUUUUGGCGGGAUUGGUUGGGCCAUAACAGAGUUCAGUUGGGAUGUUAAGUACGCUGGGAUUCAAAUUAUGGCAUCGAAGUUGCUGGAGAAAGAAAAACAUAAGCAGCACGCUCAUAUUCUCAAGCAAUACCGAUCAAAAGCUGAGUACUAUCUAUGCUCAUGUCUCAACAAAAACAAUGCCAGCAAGAACAUUGAACGUACCCCAGGAGGUCUUUUAUACAUCCGGCAAUGGAACAACAUGCAAUAUGUGUCAACAGCAGCAUUCCUUCUCACCGUGUACUCCGACUUCCUCCGAGACUCGAACAAACACCUCGAAUGUCCUUCCGGAACAGUGGAUCAUGAAAUGAUCCUCAAUUUUGCCAAAUCUCAAGUAGAUUACAUACUAGGUUCCAAUCCGAUGAACUUGAGUUAUUUAGUGGGUUAUGGUUCGAAAUACCCCACAAGGGUGCACCAUAGGGGAGCCUCAAUAGUGUCAUACAGGGAGAAUAAAGGGUUCAUUGGGUGCACCCAAGGUUAUGACCAUUGGUAUAGUCGGCAAGAGCCUAACCCUAACGUGCUGGUUGGGGCACUGGUUGGGGGACCAGAUUGUCAAGAUAAUUUCAUGGACGAAAGAGAUAAUUAUAUGCAGACUGAGGCAUGCACAUAUAAUACGGCACCAUUAGUUGGGGUUUUCGCAAAAUUGCUACAGUUAGAGGACAGCCAUGAACUAGAAUUGGCUGCCUCUUAUUAGAAACAAAAUAUAUGGA